AAAACACUCCCUACAAACCCAGCAAGCAUCCUCCUCCUCCUCCUUCGAUCAUUUUCAAAUUAGGCUCUAGCAUCAUGGGUGUUAUUACUUAUGAGAUGGAGGUCACUUCUUCAAUACCCCCAGCCAAGAUGUUCAAAGCCUCUGUGCUUGAUGCCGACAACCUCAUUCCCAAGAUCCUUCCCCAAGCUAUCAAGAAUGUUGAGAUCAUCCAAGGAGAUGGAGGGCCUGGAACCAUCAAGAAGAUCUACUUUGGUGAAGGCAGCCAAUUCAAGAGCGUGACACAUCGUGUUGAUGGGAUUGACAAAGAGAACUUCACUUACAGUUACAGUAUUAUCGAAGGUGAUGCUUUAAUGGGCAUCCUAGAAUCAAUCUCUUAUGAGGUCAAGUUGGUGGCAUCUCCUGAUGGAGGAUCCAUCUGCAAGAACAUUAGUAAGUACCACACAAAAGAUGAUGCAGUGAUCGAUGAAGAGCAAAUUAAAGCUGGCAAAGAAAAGGCUUCUGGGAUGUUCAAGGCUAUUGAGGCUUACCUCUUGGCAAAUCCUGAUGCUUAUUAAGCAGUAUAUCAUUGAGAUAUUAUUAGUCUCGUGUCUCCCUAUAUCUAUAUAUAUAUUGGUGAAAGGUUUUACUUCUACAUAUUUGUUUUUUCUGCUAUAUGUCCAAAACAGCCUUGGGCUUGAGAAUAAUAUUUCCUGAAUGUGAUCCGUCAAAUUGGUUGUAGCCUUUGAUUGGAACAAAUAGUUUGUAUUAUCUUAAAGAGAUGAAGUGGUAUAUAUAUAUUUCUACCAAGGAAUUAAUUUUGCA